AUGUACGUGGUUCCGCCACCCCAGCGAUCCGAUCUGGGAUCAGCUGGCGGCGGUUCGGGUGAUUUACGGGUCUAUCAAACGUGGAAAGGCAGUAAUAUAUUUUUCCUUCAGGGGAGGUUUGUUUUUGGACCGGAUGUAAGAUCACUUGCACUGACUAUAUUCCUUAUAGUUGCUCCAGUUGCAGUUUUCUGCAUCUUUGUUGGCAGAAAACUAAUGGAUGAUUUUUCUGAUCACUUGGGAAUAUCAGUCACAGCUGUUGCUGUUGUAUUCACCAUAUAUGUUUUAGUUCUUCUCCUGCUAACCUCUGGAAGAGACCCUGGCAUAAUUCCCCGCAAUGCACAUCCUCCAGAACCAGAAGGUUUUGAUGGAAAUGCAGAUGUUGGUGCUGGCCAAACUCCACAGUUACGGCUACCGCGCUUCAAGGAGGUAGAGGUCAAUGGAGCAGUUGUUAAGAUUAAAUAUUGUGAUACUUGCAUGCUUUACAGACCUCCUCGCUGUUCGCAUUGUUCAAUAUGCAAUAACUGCGUGGAACGAUUUGACCACCACUGCCCUUGGGUUGGGCAAUGUAUUGGGUUGAGAAAUUAUCGAUUCUUCUUCAUGUUUGUUUUUUCAACAACCCUUCUUUGUAUUUAUGUUUUUGCAUUCUGCUGGGUCUACAUUAGGAGGAUCAUGGGAUCAGAAAACACAUCAAUUUGGAAAGCAAUGAUCAAAACCCCUGCCUCCAUUGUUUUAAUAAUUUACACUUUCAUAUCAAUGUGGUUUGUUGGUGGCCUUACAGCUUUCCAUUUGUAUCUGAUUAGUACAAACCAGACUACUUAUGAGAAUUUCAGAUAUCGAUAUGAUCGGAGAACAAACCCCUAUAAUAAAGGCAUGAUUGAAAACUUUAAAGAGAUCUUUUGCUCUAGUAUUCCUCAGUCAAAGAACAAUUUCAGGGCGAAGGUGCCAAGGGAACCUGCAUUACCAACUCGACCAAUUGGUGGAGGUUUUAUGAGUCCUAAUAUGGGGAAAGCUGUCGAUGACAUAGAAAUGGGUAGGAAAACAGUAUGGGGAGAUAUGGGCACCAUGGCUGAUCAUGGCGAAGGGCAAGUUACAAACAAUGGUCGCUUGAACAUAAAAGACGGUGAGUUAGGUGAGGUAUCCCCAGAUAUAAGGACUGCAGUGGAGGAAGGGGACCGCAGUGGAAUACAUCCAAGACGAUCUAGUUGGGGAAGAAAAAGCGGAAGCUGGGAGAUGUCACCUGAAGUUCUUGCUUUGGCAGCCAGAGUUGGGGAACCAAACCGUGCGGGCGGGAGUAGCAGUGGUAACUUGGCAACUGAGAACCAACAUUCAUAGCCAACAGUUUGUCUUACAACCAACGUAGAGAACAGAAAAGGAUUUGAUAUGCUGAAUACAGGGCGAGACAAUUGAGUCCUUAUUCUCAUCAUUCAACAUGGGAAUUAUGUUAUGUGCAAUAUGGGGGGAAACUGUUUUUAGCCGGGUGUUUGAAUGCUUUGGUUUGGCCAUUGUGCUUCUAUGGGGUGUGGUGUUGUAUGAGUGAUCCUUUUUUCUUUUUUAUAAUUUUUUUUUUAGUUUUGUUUUUGUAUUUGUGGAAUUAGUUAGCAUCUAAUUUUAUCUUAUUUCACUUGCAUAACCGGUGAGUAUUGUCUCUCUC